AUGUCCCUGAAAGAAGUAGAGAAAUGGAUGACUCUCAGAGUUGUUGAUGCUUAUGAGUCUGGGGUUGGGGCAGUUUUGUUGCAAGCCAGAGACGAUGGGUUACAGCCUAUAGCCUUCUUCUCAGCAAAGUUCCAGCCGCACCAGAAGGCUUACUCUACUAUUGAAAAAGAAGCCCUCGUGCUGGUACUGGCCUUGGACCACUUCGAUGUUUAUGUGGGCCAGAAUUCACAGUCUGGUCCUGUUGACGGAACUCUGUCAUUAACCAGCAGUAACAUUGAACUUGUGAAUGAAACUAGACAAGAAACAAAGAUCAAGAAGACUGUUAUUGACCUCUUGAGAACUCCUGUUAUGAGGAUGCGAUCACUCAACAUGUUUUUCUGUUGGGUUGUCUGCACUCUGGUAUACUAUGGACUAUCCUCCACCACCAUCAGUUUGGGUGGCAAUAUCUUUGUAAAUUUCAUCGCCAUGAUGCUGGUCGAGAUUCCAUCAUACGUCUUCACCUUUCUCGUUCUUGACAGACUGGGAAGGAAGGCCUCGCUCUCAUUCAUGUUUUUACUCGGUGGAGUCACAUGCUUUAUAUCCGGAUUUAUCCAUGAAGGUAAAUUAUGUGAAUGUAUGGAAUACUCCAUGACUACACCCAUCCCCACCCAUACCUUUAUUCACACCUACUCCAGCAUUCCCCUGCCCACACACAAACACACACACACAUUGCAGUGAUGUAAAA